AUGUCUGCCAUCAUCUCGCCGCGCGUGCACGCGGCGGCGCGCGCGCGCGCCCACCCGCGCGCCCGCGCGUCCCGCCGCGGCGUCCGUUCCCACGUCGUCGAGAGAGCCCGCCGGUUCGAAGAGACCGAGAUUUCGCUCGCGCUCGCGUUCGCGUCCGUCUCGAGGAGGUCCUCCGUGACGACGCGCGCGGCGUCGGACGACGCGGACGCGGACGAGGAGCGCGCGAAGGAGGUGGCGAAGAAUCUCGAGGACCUCCUCCCCGGGGACGAGCGCGUCCGGGACGAGAUAACGUCGCAGCUCAAGUACCAGACGAAGUUGUUCAAAGCGCAGCAGUUCUUAGACGAGAAGAAAGAGGAGAUCCAGGAGAGAGGCGACGCGGGGAAGGAAGCGCUCGAGGCGGAGGCGAAGAUCGCGCGCGACCGAGCGGGGCUAGAGAUUGGUCUGAGAGCGAGCGAGAUCGACGACAAGCUCGCGGAGAUGCUCGACGAGACCGCGGCGGCGAGGGCGAGGAACGAGAAAGUCCAAGCCGAGCUCGCGGAGCUCGAGGAGCAGCUCACGGGGAAGAGCAGCGGGCGGUUUCGCAAGGCGCCGAAUGCGCCGAAGACGGUCUCCGCGAUGAAGCAGGCGGCGAUCGACAAGGAGGCGGAGGACGUGGACGCGCGGAUGCGGAGCACGCUGGAGGAGACGCAACGGAAGUCGGCGUUCACGCUGAUUCUGUUGCUGCUGUUGGUCACGGACAUCUCCAUGGCCGCGGAGGGGAAGUGGGACGCGUUCUUCGCGAUCACGACGUGCGUCGCGUUGGUGGGGUACCAGGCGAAGAACGAGAACACGAACGCGGAGAACCGGUAG